UUCAUCCGCUUCAAAAAGGGUCACAAUCUCUCUUUCAACAUUCAUCAAUUCACAAUUUCACAUACCCACAAAAAAAGAUUUCUAGAGAGAGAAACCCAUCUUCAAAUUUUCGUCAAUGGGUUCAAGACAUCUUCUUCAAGAACAAAACAGAGGUGAAGCAGUUGGGGUCAUGAAACAGAAGAAUCGCCGCGCACUUGGAGACAUCGGAAACUUGGUUACUCUAAAGCCGCUAGACGGUAAACCCCUGCCCGAGAUCACCCGCCCGGUUACCCGAAGCUUCUGUGCACAAUUACUUGCCAAUGCCCAAAAAGAUGCAGCAGAAAACAAAAAGAAACCUUUGGCUGUUGUAAAUGUUAACAACAACAAUAAUAAAAAUAAUAAAUUGGAAGCCAAGAAGAAAGUUGCUCCAAAACCGAAACCAGCACCGGUGCCACAAAACACAACUGUGAUCGAGAUCAGCCCCGACACUGUCGAAGAGAAAGAGAAGCCCCAAUCAUCGCGAUCGCGAAACAAGAAGCCUCAGUCUUCACUUACUUCUACACUCACUGCCAGGAGCAAAGCUGCCUGUGGACUGAACUAUAAACCGAAAAACAUUGUCGAUAUUGACGCUGGAGACGUCGAUAAUGAACUGGCACAAGUCGAAUAUGUCGAAGACAUCUACAAAUUCUACAAACUUGUAGAGAAUGACAACAAAGUUCAUGAUUACAUGAACUCACAACCCGAAAUCAACGAAAAGAUGAGGGCGAUCUUAAUCGACUGGCUGAUCGAAGUUCACAACAAAUUCGAGCUCUCUAACGAAACACUGUACCUAACAAUCAACAUAGUUGACCGAUUCUUGGCUUCCGAAACCGUUGCUAGAAGAGAGUUACAGUGUGUAGGCAUGAGUGCAAUGCUCAUUGCCUCAAAGUACGAGGAGAUUUGGGCCCCGGAAGUCAACGAUUUCGUCCAGAUUUCGGACUGCGCUUACGAACAUAAACAUGUGUUGGUUAUGGAGAAGAGGAUAUUGGGUAGAUUGGAGUGGAACUUAACCGUCCCGACUCCGUUUGUGUUUCUCACCAGGUUCAUCAAAGCGAGCGUCACCUCACCGGAGAUCACCAUGGAGAAUAUGGUGUAUUUUUACGCUGAAUUGGGAAUGAUGCAUUACGGGAUCAUCAAGUUCUCUCCGUCGAUGGUUGCAGCUGCAGCGGUGUAUGCUGCACGCGCUACGAUGAACAAGAGCCCCGUGUGGCACGAGACGCUGGAAGUGCAUACCGGGUUCAGUGAGAUGCAAGUUCUGGAGUGUGCGAAAAUGAUGGGGGGAUUUCAUUUGUUGGCGAGAAGCGAUGAAAAGCGGAAGGUGAUAUAUAGGAAGUAUUCGAGUGUUACACGAGGUGCGGUGGCUCUUUAUCAGCCAGCGAAAGCUCUGUUGGCUGUAGCGAACUGAGUGUUUGUUUUUGUUGGAUUUGACUCUUCUUGAUAUAAUUUGACUCAAUGAUAUCAUCAUGAUAGUAGUACUAAAAUAUCCUCAUAACAUUUUGAUUAGCUGUUGAUGUAUGAGGUGGUGACUGAUAUAAUUUUUUUUUACUCAAUGAUAUCAUCAUACAGAUAUUAAACUCU